UUCAUAAGCAUCAGCAGUGAAACUCAAGCACUGGGUUUUAAUACUCUCCAUCUGAAGUAUUUGAAAGAAAAUAAAAUGAGGUGCUUCUACUCCAGUUGCAUUUGUAUUUUGGGAGCUUGCCCCAAAUUGGGGGAACAAGAGGAAGAACAUCAUCCCAGAAAACAUUCAUGAUUACAGAACUAUUCCAAAAAGAUCAGUUCUGAUGCACUAGGAUCUCAGUGAAAGAAUGGCUUGUGCUGGAUAUUGGCCAGGUCGGGAGAAAUAUGAGGAGCACUUGGGGACUGCUUCCUCUAAAGACUGACAGAAGUUUGAAUUGGGAAACUUGUCCUGCUCUACAACGGGCAAGUAUUUUACCGAUGAUGUUUGCAUCAGCCAACAUGGCGCAUGAACCUUGUACAGAAGCACAUAUUGGAAAACCUUUAAAUAUAACAAUUCCAGAAUGCAAGAAGGGGAGUAUGACACCAACCCUGACCAAGGGAAUACAGGAGCUGAUAUGCAAGGAUUUAGAGUGCAGCGGGACUUUCAAAGCAACAUUUAUUUGCAACGAAUAUUACAACGUCUACAUUCCAAGUGUUUCAAAGAAUAAUAUUUCUGAAUACUGGCUCGUAUGUGGUGAAGAUCAGAUAAAGAUAGUCUUGAAGGAAGGUUGUCCACAUCGAGAGUCAAGUAACAAUUCAAUUCCAGACUGUCACGAACAGUUCAAUACCACUCAAGAUAUUUUCUGGAAAACGGGGAACAGAACAACUUCAGACAAGAGUGAUUCUUCAACAAUAAAGCCCCCAGGGAUUGUUGGAACGAUUUGGAUUAUUGGAACGAUUGGGAUUAUUGGAACGAUUAUAGUUUGCUGUGUAUUGAAGCACAGGUACCCCUCAGUCUGGAACAUUUGUUCCCAACGCAUGGUUCGCAGACACAGAGAUCAAGAAACAGAUCAGCAUAGCUACGAAUUAAGUCCCCUGAAUAAUUGUAAUGCUGAGACCAGGAUAUCAAUUGACCAAGAACAUCGACUGACCAGGGUGUGUGGAUAGGGUGUAAACACUAUUCGGCCAUGAAGAAAUAUCUGACUGAAUCUGAACCUGACUAGUGUUUAUGUUCUGGACUCCUGU